AUGCUGUUGUGGAGUUGCGCCAGAGGCUCAGACCGCACUUUCCGUGUGAACCGGGAUGAUGUUGCACGCGACAUUACGGUGUGCAAUCGGGUGAGGCCCGACUCACAAUGCGAAUGGGCUCUGAAUACUCUGGGCCGCAACUUUUUCACCACGUUAAAGUCUGAAAAGCUCGUGGGCAAGUGCAUGAAGGAGCAGGAAGCAGUGGGUGAAUGGCACCGGCAACUUUGGCCUGGACAGCCCGUGCCAGUCGUUCUUCCCCCGAAAGCCGGUGGAGAGUUUGCCACCAAGUUUGUGACCACAUCUGUCAUGGUAGCAUACGUGCUUCACAUGUCCGUUCCUUCAUCCAGGCCUGCAGAAGCCAGGAGGUUAGCUUAUGAAUGCUUGCGUGCACUGUUUGACAGGGCAUGUCAAACAGGCUGUUUCCGGAUACAGCAUGUGCAUUUCUCGCCAGAUUUGCAACAGGGACAAUGGAUCACUCAGGAAUUGCGGCGUCCUACCGAUUUUCGGCCUUGGACGCAACCUUUCUUCGAAAAGCUAGUUGCUUUUCAAUGGAGCUUUGAUUUGGCAGAUGACAAGAAGGUUCAUGUGACAUCAGUGCCUCCGAACAUUCACCCCGCUGACUUUGUGCUGUGGGCGAUGGACACCGCACGUGACUCGCGUAGAACCCAAAUAUUUGCUGCAAAGGCCAAACUGCAAUCGGCAGCACUGUCGCUGUUGACGCAGUUGGCAGCAUUCAUAGAUGGUCAUAUGAGAGAAGUGACGAUGGAGUACCAGCUGUUGUCUGGCCCGAGGCCGCGGCAAGCGGCACCCAAGAGGAAGAAUGUUCGUGAAUCGCUGAUGGGGUGCUUCAGACGACGGACAGCGACCAAGAGAACAUCUGCUUCGGUCGUUUGGGAGGUUUGUGGACGGGUCAGCGAGCUUUUGUUUUCGCAAGAGGAGCGUUGGAUUUCCAAAGCCCUCGCGCUUGUCGGAAGCACGUUGAGCGUCACGAAAGUCGCUUACCGCAUCAGCGCACCUUGA